UUUUGUUCAGUACAGGAAUAUGAGCUAUCAUAAACGUACAAGUUGAAAAACAAUUAUCAUGCAUAAUUUAUUUUUAUCAUGUUCCUUGAAACUCUGAAAUUCAUAAUAAAUAAGAGGAUGAUUAUGCAUUUUUACAUGUAUUAUUCAUUUACGGAAAAUCGUAUAGGCCUGCAUUGAUGUGUGAGACUUUUACAUUGACAUGAUCUGGAUGACAAAUUGACAUUCAGUUUUUCUUGAUAUUGAAUACGGAGAAAUAUUUUUUUAAAACUCAGUUGAUUUUGGUUGUAUUGUCUUCAAGCUGGGUGAAACAUCAAUAUCAAUUUUUCAAUGCAACAAGAUUUUGGGUCAGUUUUUUGGCCUCUGUUUCUAACAGGAAGUUGAAACAUUUCCGCUAUGUCUUGUCUUGAAGAACAUUUGCAAACACUCUCAGAAAUUUUUACUCAAAAUUUUCGUGAUGAGGUGAAUAAUUUUGUUCACCUCAUGAAAUCCGCCAAGUUUGAAGGAAAUGUUUACUGCUUCUGAUUCGCAGGUAGAUGUACGCGGGUGAAUCUGUAUCGUCUACCAUCUCUACUUCUCGGAUUUUAUCCAACUGAAUUCAUCUCAAGACUUUUACAAACAGUCUGACUUGUCUACCAUUGCUCCACUCAGAUUUUUUCCAAGUUCGAUCGUCUGAAAACGUUUAUAUAAACUGUUUGACUUGUCAACCAUUGGAUAACACUCGGAUUUUAUCCAACCAGAACCGUCUGAAACCAGUUACAACAUCUGUAAAAUGCUCAAAUUUCCUUUGAUUGUAGAUCUCGGGCUGCAAGUUGCCCGUUGCAUCACGAGAGAUUCAGAAUGUGUUCGAACAGCUGUUAGACUUUUGAAAAACGGAGAGGUGAUUGGACUUCCCACAGACACUAUCUACGGUAUUGCUUGUGACGCUCAAAACGAUGUUGCGUUGAGUAGAUUGUACACAAUCAAAUCUAGAGACUGUAAAAAACCUAUUGCAAUUUGUGUGGGAAGGGUGGAGGAUGUGAGUUUAUGGGGGAACACAAGAACUGUUACAAACGAUGUGUUGAACGACCUGUUACCAGGACCUGUGACUUUGUUGUUUGAUAGAAGCAACAGGUUGAACCGAAACCUAAACCCCGACGUUGAAAAGGUGGGCAUUCGUGUUCCCGACCACCCAUUCAUUCAGAUAGUGGCCAACGAACUUGGACGACCUCUGGCGUUGACCAGUGCAAACAUCAGUAACGAGCCAAGUUCGCUGGCGGUGGAAGAGUUCGAUGCGAUCUGGAAGCAUUUGGGUGCAGUGUUCGAUGGCGGUCGCUUGGAGAACGACAGGUUGGGCUCGACGAUUUUGGAUUUGAGUGUGGGGGGACGGUUUGCAGUGGUCAGGGAAGGGCAGGCGGCCUGUGAGACGUACGCUAAGCUUACCAAACGCGGGUUGUUGAGGUGUAGUCGCUGAGGUGCAGUUUGAAGACCGAACAUUGAAGAGAAUGGAAUAAUGAAUUGCUGAGGUGAAGAUUGAAGACCGAAAAUUGAAGAAAUGAAAAAUUUACAGAUAUUUUAUGGUGUGCAUUCCCAUAGUGUUCGUAAUCUCAAUUCGUGGUUACUGAGGUGAAAUUUGGAACCGAUAAUCCAAAAAUGGACUCCAUUCAAAUGGACUUCAUACAAAUAAACUGUGGUCAUUUAUCAUAAUCUAAUGCUUAAUCCCGUUUUGUCAUCCUCAUUCCUUAUCAUUAGCAGAACAAGAUUGCUAGUUAGAGAUUCCAAUAUUCCUCAAUCAUUGUAAUGUGAUAUUAUAUAACUUUAGAGUAUACUAAAUACUAAAAGAUUUUUAUAGGUAGAGAUGAGGGUUUGUAGAAUUGAAAGAAGUGUUGAAAAAUGAAUCUUUUGGAAAUUGUUAUCUUUGAAUUACCAAUAUAAAUAUUAUGGAUUAUUAA